AUGCCUUCCGAAUCAUCCGUCUCUAUCUACAAGCUUGAUCAGUUGGAGUAUCAGUACCAUUAUUUGACAAAAUCAUUACAGAAGUUUGAACCAAGAUAUCCAAAAACUGCCAAAUUAUACAAUUGUAUAGGUAAAAAGAACAAAAAGAAAAUUGAAAAACUGUUAAACUCUUUAGAGUUGAAAACUUUGGACAAAGAACUAGAUGAAAGUUACUCAAAGUUACUCAAUAAUAAGAUUCACUAUUACGAGACGCAUUUAUCAAAAUGUAUAAAAGAACAAAUUCAGAAAAUAUCCAAAAAAAAUUCUAGUAAAGUGAAGGAUGCUCAAAAAAAUAAAUCACCCUCUAUAGAUAUUGAAAAGAUGCUUGCUACGCAGUUGUCAUUAGAUGAUUUAGCACUCUUCAUGACAAGAUUUAGGCUGAUCAAAAUCUUACACCAGAGGAUCAAACAAAAAAGCAAAAAGAUUGAAGGUGAUACGAAUAAUAAAACUUGGUUGAAUAACAAUGAUUAUAGUGGUUAUAUCAAUGAUAAGACAAGUAAGUGGAACCCAAGCAAUAUAUGGAAUGAAGUUAUUACGAAGCUGCCAAGUUGUGAAAAGUUAAACGCACUAAUUGGUCAAAGUAAAAUCGUUCAAAAUCUAACCGAAUCAUUCGAUUUGAGUAUUUGUCUCAUAUUUGGAUUUGAUGUAAGCGCUAUGAAAGCAAAGAAGUAUGGAGCAAGGGAGAAGACGGCCAAUGCUAAUCAGACGCACUCCAACAUUGACUAUGACACCGAUGACGGCAAUGAAAAGAAUGCCAUCGAUAGCAAAUCUAAUGCGAUCGGCGCACAAACUCAAAGCAAUAAAGAAACAACGUCCGACAAUGAGGAUCUAUUGAUAAAGGAAUACGAGGGAAUGCUAGGCAGUUCAGGAGAUGAAGGGGAAGGCGGCGGAUACUUGAACCCUAAUAUCAAUUACAAUGAAGUAACAGAUGAAGAACCUAGCGAAGCGUCAUCCGAUGAGGAUGACAGUGACGAACGCUUCAGCGACUCUGAAGAGAAUGAACCAAGGAGAAAAAAACCAAAAUUGCAUAAUUUACCUGAACUAAUGGCUGGUUAUUACAGUGGAAAUGACACUGAAGAGGAAAGCGAUGAAGACAACAAAAAUGUUAAGGGAAAGAAGAAAAAGAGAGACACAGCAGAAGACCGUACGGCCAGAGAGCAGAUGUCAAACGAGCCAAAGAGGAAAAACAGACGUGGGCAAAGGGCAAGAAGAAAGAUUUGGGAAAAAAAAUACGGCUCACAAGCCAAGCACGUUCAAAGGGAAUUGGAAAAGGAAAUGGAAGAUAGAAAGCAGAGGCAAAUCGAGUACGAAGCAAGAGUAGCUAAGCGUGAAGCUAAAGCAGCAUCAUUAGAGGCCUCUAGGAGUAGGGAACGCGAAGACAGACGUACUGAAACGAACAAUAAGAAAGAAAAAGAAAGUGCAUCCACUGGAGAAGAACAUCCUUCUUGGAUUGCAAAAAGAUUAGCUGAAGAAAAAUUACAAAAAGCUAAAUUUGAAGGUAAGAAGAUCAAAUUUGAUUGA